GUCCUAUCCCUAACCCUAACCCAGUUCAGCUCACUUUGGUCCACUUCCUCUACAGAAUAAACAACACCAGCCUCUGGUCCAAUCCCGCACGGCCCCGCGUGCACUGCAGUCGUCAGCUCCGUCCGUCCACAGGACCUCCAUCCAUCCUGCCUUCCAUCCCUCUCUCCAUCCAUCGGACAAACAGCUGCUGUUCUUCUUCAUCAUUUUCUCUCUGUACUCGUCAGUUAUGAGUCAUGUGGCCGUGGAGCACGCGCACGGCCUGGAGCAGCAGCUUGCUGUCCUAGACUUGAGUGCAGCCGACGGACAAGGAGGAGGAACCAACAGGCACUACAUUCCUCCACAUUUACGGAACAAAGAUGUGUCCAAAAACGCUGGAAAUGCCUUCACUGGACGACAGGGAGGAUACACCAUAGCACCUGCACCCACCUAUGGAUGGGAUGGCGCACGCAACAGCUUUGUUAACGGUUACCAUGACAACCGCAUGACGAGCAGCAGCUCGUUUAAUCGUGGCCCGCCACGCAUGGAGCGGGGUGGAGGAGGUGGUUACCGUGGAAACAGGGGCGGAGCCUUCAACCCCAUUAACCCAAUGCAGCCAAUAGGUUUUGGAGGCUUUGAGAACAAAGACUCCAGUGGGUGGAAGGGGGCUUUCACCAGCUUUGGAAACAACCGCGGAAAAUCAGUUUUCUACAACGACAGAGGAAAUGGAAACAGAGGGAGGUUUGAUCAUGCUGGUUUUGGUGGAUCCAGUCGUUGGGUGGAUGAGUCCACAGACGACACAGACUGGUCCAAACCAACAGCAAGGAACGAACGCCUGGAACAUGAACUCUUUUCUGGCAGUAACACUGGAAUCAACUUUGAGAAAUAUGACGACAUUCCAGUUGAAGCUACAGGACAGAACUGCCCUGAGCACAUCCACAGUUUCCAGGAUGUGGACUUGGGUGAGAUCAUCAUGGGGAACAUCUGUCUGAGUCGGUACACCAGACCCACCCCUGUUCAGAAGCAUGCCAUUCCAAUAGUCAAGUCCAAGAGGGACCUGAUGGCCUGUGCACAGACCGGUUCUGGGAAGACUGCAGCGUUCCUUUUGCCGAUCCUAAGUCAGAUCUACAGCCAAGGACCAGGAGAGGCCCUGAACGCAACCAAGGCCUCUGGACAGGACAAUGUGAAGUUGGGUUGUCGUAAACAGUUCCCCAUCUCCCUGGUCCUGGCUCCAACCAGAGAACUGGCGCUGCAGAUCUACGACGAAGCACGCAAGUUUUCCUACAGGUCCAGAGUUCGUCCCUGUGUGGUUUACGGAGGAGCUGACAUCGGACAACAGAUCCGAGACUUGGACAGAGGAUGUCAUCUACUGGUGGCAACGCCUGGAAGACUGGUGGACAUGAUGGAGAGAGGCAAACUGGGACUGGACUACUGUGGUUACCUGGUUCUGGAUGAGGCCGAUCGUAUGUUGGACAUGGGCUUCGAACCUCAGAUUCGACGUAUCGUAGAACAGGACACCAUGCCCCCCAAAGGGAUCCGCCAGACCAUGAUGUUCAGCGCCACCUUCCCCAAAGAGAUCCAGAUCCUGGCCCGGGACUUCCUGGAGGACUACAUCUUCCUGGCGGUGGGCAGAGUGGGCUCCACCUCUGAGAACAUCACACAGAAGGUGGUGUGGGUGGAGGACAGCGACAAGAGGUCCUUCCUGCUGGACCUGCUGAGCGCUACAGGUAAAGACUCUUUGACUUUGGUUUUUGUGGAGACCAAAAAAGGUGCCGAUGCCUUGGAGGACUUCCUGUAUAGGGAAGGCUACGCCUGCACCAGUAUCCAUGGCGACCGUUCUCAGAGGGACCGAGAGGAGGCGCUGAACCAGUUCCGAUCCGGAAAGUGUCCCAUUCUGGUGGCCACGGCGGUCGCUGCCCGGGGUCUGGACAUCUCCAACGUCAAACAUGUCAUUAACUUUGACCUGCCCAGUGACAUUGAGGAAUACGUGCACCGCAUCGGACGAACAGGCCGAGUAGGAAACCUGGGACUGGCCACGUCGUUCUUCAACGAUAAGAACGGGAACAUCACUAAAGAUCUCCUGGACAUCCUGGUCGAGGCCAAACAGGAAGUCCCAUCAUGGCUGGAGAGCUUGGCCUACGAACACCAGCACAAGAGCAGCAACAGGGGGCGCUCUAAGAGGUUCUCUGGGGGGUUCGGAGCACGGGAUUAUCGCCAGACGGCCGCCGGAGGCAACACGAGUGGGUUCGGAGGCCGUGGAAGUCGCAGCCAGGCCGGACACGGAGGGAACCGUGGAUUUGGCGGAGGUGGUUUUGGCAACUUCUAUGGAAGCGACAGCUAUGGAGGCAACUACUCUCACUCCCAGGUUGACUGGUGGGGCAACUAGAACUGGUCCAUCACAGGGUGGUGGGGCCACUAGCCUGCCUCCACCCUGUCCUCUUUUGUCUCUUUUCUUUCCUUGGUCCUCUUUCUUUUCUGCACUCGUCUGCCUUCGUUGUCACUCCAGAUCCAACACUCAUGUUCCAAACUGUUGACACUCAUUUAGAUCCAGUUCUUUCUUCUGUUUUGAACCCACCUUUGGUUUCUUCACACCACCCUCUAGUUUGUUGUCCAGUUUUGCUUUAAGGUGGAUCUCAUCACUCAGAUUAGACCACACCGGGCAGGGAUCAGUUAGUUUUUAACUAGUCCCAGUUACUGUGAAAUGAACAGUUCAGUAAAUACAGUUUGAACCCUGUUGAAAGAAAACUGGAAGUGUUCCUGGACCGUCUACAAAUGUCCUGACACUAAGACGUCCACAACUAGCCUUCUGUCCCUGGACUCUGAAGUGGGGGCUUCACUGACGCUCCGCUGGCCAGGAUCCUACUGUCCCUUCACCUUCUAUGUAGUCCAGGCUCCAGGAUCCUACUGUCCCUUCACCUUCUAUGUAGUCCAGGCUCCAGGAUCCUGCUGUCCCUUCACCUUCUAUGUGGUCCAGGCUCCAGGAUCCUGCUGUCCCUUCACCUUCUAUGUGGUCCAGGCUCCAGGAUCCUACUGUCCCUUCACCUUCUAUGUGGUCCAGGCUCCAGGAUCCUACUGUCCCUUCACCUUCUAUGUGGUCCAGGCUCCAGGAUCCUACUGUCCCUUCACCUUCUAUGUGGUCCAGGCUCCAGGAUCCUGCUGUCCCUUCACCUUCUAUGUGGUCCAGGCUCCUGGUGUCCCUUCACUGGCCCAGGAUCCUUUUCUCUUCCGUAGACAGCAGAGCCAGGCACCUGUGAGGAACACAGGUGUGUGUUUAAGGUGGAACAUGAACACAGGUGUGUGUUUAAGGUGGAACAUGAACACAGGUGUGUGUUUAAGGUGGAACAUGAACACAGGUGUGUGUUUAAGGUGGAACAUGAACACAGGUGUGUGUUUAAGGUGGAACAUGGGAACAGGCUGAGGCCUCCCACUGGGACACUUCACAGGGACCACAGAAAUGCCUCCUUUUCUUCUUUGUCUACCUUUUCAAAGUCUUUGUGGUGUUAAUGUCACCCAGGUCUGAUCAACUGAAGCGCUCAGUGACACCAGGAAACAGCAUUAGUGGUGGUUCAUAUUCUAACCACACUCAGGUUGGUUUGGAACAGAACAUCCUGCAGAACCCUUAGUUUGUGUCCUGUGCCUUUAACAAAUCUGAACGUUGUCUGUUCUUUAUUUUUAUUUCCAUCACACAUGAACCUCAGUCUCCAGGUCCUCUCAUGUAUAUUUACUGUCAUGUAUCAGUUUGAACCUGUUUUAAUUUUUUACUGUUGGGAAGGAAACAAACUAAACGGGAACUAAAUCAAACCUUGGGAAAAACCAAAACAGUGUCUCAGAUCAGGUUCUAGAUCUGUGGACUGGACUCUGACAGAAGGACUGAUCAGCUGAUUCUCAAAUAAUACCACGACUGGUAGGAUUAGGGUUAGGGUUAACCCAGUGGUGGUUAGGGUUAGGGUUAACCCAGUGGUGGUUAGAGUUAACCAAAAACAUCUGAAUUCUUCUUGUUAACCUGAAAUAGACAAACUGGAUAAAAUAAAGAUACUUGAUCUGUUUUCAAAACCGAGAAGAAGCUCCACUGAACCAAAGGAUUAUGGGUAAAACACUGGACCAUCAGAUCUGUGUGGGUGGUGAUGGGAUCUGUGUGUGUGUGUGUGUGUGUGUGUGUGUGUUGGGGGGGGGGGGGGGGGGCGGGAGUUGGAUCUGUGGCUUUGACAAAGCAGGACCAAGAUGAAAAACAUCUGCUAGUGUUUUUUGGUCCAGACGGUCCACUUCAGGUCCAGACCAGUCCACAGGUCCAGACCAGUCCACUGGUCCAGACCAGUCCACUAGUCCAGACCAGUCCACUGGUCCAGACCAGUCCAUUGCAGGUUUAGUUCCUUCUACCUAUUUUCUCCACCUUCUAUACUUUUCUUCUAGUUUCUGGAUCAGUUGAAGGUCUGAACCUUUAAAUCAUCUGUUUCCUGUGAGUAGAGCUGGGUCAGCCCACAUCAGACCAGCAGAGAAGGUCACAGGCACAAACUGGGGUGUCCUAGGACGCUUUGGACAAGUGUCCUGGACUUUUGGGGUUCCAGACUCCAGCCUGUGGGGGCACAGUUAGGACGCUUCGACCAAUCACAGACUCAGUAGACCAGGUACCAGUGAACGGACCAGGUACCAGUGAACGGACCAGGUACCAGUGUAGGACUUACUGGGUGCCGGUGUAGAACUUACCGGGUACCAGUGUAGGACUAACAGGAUACCAGUGUAGCACUAACAGGAUACCGGUGUAGGACUUACCGGGUACCGGGGUAGGACUAACAGGAUACCAGUGUAGGACUUACUGGGUACCUGUGUAGGACUUACUGGGUACCGGUGUAGGACUUACCAGAUACCAGUGUAGGACUAACAGGAUACCAGUGUAGCACUAACAGGAUACCGGUGUAGGACUUACCGGGUACCGGUGUAGGACUUACCGGGUACCAGUGUAGGACUAACAGGAUACCAGUGUAGGACUAACAGGAUACCAGUGUAGGACUUACUGGGUACCUGUGUAGGACUUACUGGGUACCGGUGUAGGACUAACAGGAUACCAGUGUAGGACUUACAGGCUACCGGUGUAGGAUUCUGUCCUACUUACAAUACUAUGGGUUAGGGGGAGGGGACACCAGGCUCUACAGUAUUUGGAAUGUGAUUGCAAUAUCAGAUUUGGCCACAAUCCUUCAUACGGCACCUUUAAAACCCCCUUCCACUGUGAGGCUGACAGGAACCAGAUGAGGCUGGAGGACUGGAACUCAGAUCCUUCUGGAGGACUGGAGCUCAGAUCCUUCUGGAGGACUGGAGCUCAGAUCCUUCUGGAGGACUGGAGCUCAGAUCCUUCUGGAGGACUGGAGCUCAGAUCCUUCUGGAGGACUGGAAGAAGUCACAUCAUGACAGUACAUUUUACGUACAUUUGCAAAUGACAAUCUCUUGUCGGAGUCUGGAUGGACUCUGCACUUUUCUUAGUUUAGAGACACAUGAAGGGUUAGUUUAGUUCAGUUGUUGUUGUUGAAAAUGGACUCCUGUCCGUUCACCUGCACAGGUAGACAAACCCAAGCCCACAGGUGGAUCCUCUUAUAUUUAUAUUUAUGUUUGUGUUUAUAUUUAUGUUUUGUUGUGGUUCUCAUCAGUCCUUUUUCCUGACAUGGCUGAUGUUGAACUGGUUCUUUUUUACAAGGGGCAUUUAUGGACCAUCUACUACUUGAAUUAACAAUUAACAAACUUAGUAGCAGGUAGUGCAGCCAAUUAAUGUGAAUAAUAAAUGUGAAUAAUAAAUGUGAAUAAUAAUAAUAAUAAUAAUAAUAAUAAUAAUAAUAAUAAUCAGAUGUUGUUGCAGCUUGGACUCCUAACAGCUUUCUGAAGGUUGAACGUGGAUCUGCUGGGGUUAGGGUCUUUGGUCCUAAAUAAAGGAGGUCCUACUGUGGGAAGUGCAGUCCAGUAGAUGGAGUUGGACAUUGAAGUCCAAAGCAGAGGUGGAUGGAAGGGAGAACUGCAGGUACUGACUGUAUCUGGACUUGAGGUACCAGACUUUAUCUGGACUUGAGGUACCAGACUUUAUCUGGACUUGAGGUACCAGACUUUAUCUGGACUUCAGGUACCAGACUGUAUCUGGACUUCAGGUACCAGACUUUAUCUGGACUUCCUGUUCACACACACACACACACACACACACUACCACUGCAGCCCCCUGCCCCCCCUCGGCCCCACUCAUCCAAACACCGUACGACCACAGUCAGUGCAGUAGAUGUCAGUGGAUGUGGACGGUUUCCACUUCAGUCCUCUGUGGGGGUUUGGUCUGGAUUUGGCACUGGUUUGGCCCGGGUGUGGCAUGGGUUUGGCCCAGGGGUGGCCCUGGUUUGGCCCGGGUUUUGGUGUCCACUGUGCCUUGAAGCCACUCAGUCAUUAGAAACAGAAACCUGCUUUGAUAAGACUGCAUUGUAAAUUAUUAUUAUUAUUAAUAAUAAUAAUAAUAAUAAUCAUCAUCAUCAUCAUAAUCCUCAGUAGCCGUCCACAGACCCAGUGUCAGUGUUUUGUUUUUUUUCUUUUCCUUCCGUCCUCUCCUUGUUGUGAAUGUUUUCUGAACAGAUUCACUGUGGAUCUCUUGCUCUGUUGUCGUGGUUUUUGCAUAUUUUCAUAUUUUCAGGCCUUUACGUGGUGGUGGUGCACACACUGGCAGAGCUUCUGGCCAAUCAGAAAUGGGGGGGGGGGGGGGGCAUAUAUGUGAAAAACAGUCCAGUUACUUUUGGAUCAUUUUGAGUGACGAGUUGUCAUGGCUCUGCUUCUGUCUGACUGGACACAGAUGUGACAGGACCUGUGCUGAUUGGCUGGGUGGCCGCUAGUCCCUUUCUGAUUGGUCGAGGCCUUUAGUUUAGGAUCUGCUUUGUGUAUUAGUUUAGCAGUUUGUGCACGAUGAGGAGCACUGCACGAAUUAAAAGAAGAAAAUGUGCAUCUGUUCUGAUUUUAUCACAAAUAAAACUUUGAAUUUAAAAUGUAAA